UCCCGGCGUGCACCGCGGCGGCGGCGGCAGCGGGAGCGGCAAGAUGGCGGACGUGCUGGAUCUGCAUGAGGCGGGGGGCGAGGAUUUCGCCAUGGACGAGGAUGGCGACGAGAGCAUCCACAAGCUGAAGGAGAAAGCCAAGAAGCGGAAGGGCCGAGGCUUCGGCUCAGAGGAGGGCUCGCGGGCCCGCGUGCGUGAGGACUACGACAGCGUGGAGCAGGACGGGGACGAGCCAGGCCCACAGAGGUCGGUGGAGGGCUGGAUUCUCUUCGUCACGGGGGUUCACGAGGAGGCGACGGAAGAAGAUAUCCACGACAAAUUCGCAGAGUACGGCGAGAUAAAAAACAUCCACCUGAACCUCGACAGACGGACGGGCUACCUGAAGGGAUAUACUCUGGUUGAGUACGAGACCUAUAAAGAGGCGCAGGCGGCCAUGGAGGGGCUGAACGGCCAGGAGCUGAUGGGGCAGCCCAUCAGCGUGGACUGGUGCUUCGUGAGAGGGCCCCCGAAGGGGAAGAGGAGGGGUGGGCGCCGCCGCAGCAGGAGUCCGGACAGGAGACGCCGAUGAUGGAUACUUGUUUUUACUUGUGUGUUCCAAACUGGGGGAACUGGGAGGGAAAAGUGGGGGGUUUGUAUGUGGGGGACGGGGCGUUUGAGGAACAGCUGGAGGAGUAAAACAGUUCAUCGCUUCGGCAGAUUUUGCUUCUUUACCAGAUUUUAUUGUUUUCAAACGAGGGAACUUGAGUGAAGAAGCAACACCUGAGGUUCCUGGGGGUGGUUUUCACUUGGGUUUGUGGUGAACGCAGCCCCUGAGCCCGGUUACGUCUCAAACCGCGAUGUUUUUAAGCAUUUUGUUACGUCUGCGAGUGACCUGGCAUUUUGGCCGCUCUUCUUUAAAGAACUGAUUUUGUGUAAAAAUGUCCUCUCGUUAUUUGUCCUUAAUUAAACAUUCUGAGAAGCUGUAA